CCGAGCCCCCCGUGAUGAUCGCCCACAUCCCGGCGCCCGGCCCGGGGCCGCACGCCCACCUGAACGGGGGUUGCAAGACAGGGGUGGGCGCGAGCCGGGGCCCGUCGGUGGGGGGCAAGGUGCCGCCGCCAGUCAGGACGGUGUCCCUCAAGAAGCCCCUGAGCGGCGACGCCAAGCAGCCUCCCCACGGCGCGACCGCCUCCAGGAGGUCCAGUGGCUGCGACGACCACGAGCGCCCCAGGUGCACGCCGGGCAGCUUCGCCCUCGACCUGCUCAAGAACCUGGGCGUGUGCCUGCUGGUGGUCCUGUACCUCAUGUUCGGCGCCUUCGUGUUCCUGGCCCUUAAUGAGGACCUCUGGGACCCGCACGUCAUCCCGGUUGUGUCCGGGACCACCUCUAACACUAAUGGAAGCCAGCAGCUUGCCGCUGAGCCUCAACAGCACCUAACACCGCUGCAGCUGGCGAUCCAGGACUCACGCACCCGCACCAUCGAGCGCAUCUGGGACAUCACCGUCAACCUGAACAUCCUCUACCGCGACAACUGGACCGAACUGGCGGGCCGGGAGAUCGAGCGCUUCCAGCACCAGGUCGCGGAGCAGCUGGCUGAGGAGGCGCGCCAGAGCCGGCGCGAACGGAGGCACGCCGAGGUGGCGCACGCGCACCCGCUGCAGGCGCCGCCCGCCGCCCUCACGCUGCACCGCCCGCGCCUCCGCCCCGCCUUCCACCACCACUCUGUCCGCUGGAACUUCGCGCAGGCCUUCCUCUUCUCGCUCACCGUCAUCACGACCAUCGGCUACGGCAGCUUCACGCCGCUCACGCAGGUGGGCAAGGGCGUGACGAUGGUCUACGCCGCGCUGGGCAUCCCCCUGAUGCUGCUGUACCUGUCGGCGGUGGGCGGGCUGCUGGCGCGGUGCGCGCGCGGCGUCUUCACGCGCGCCGUGUGCUGCUGCCUGUGCUCCAAGUGCGGCUACUGCUGCUACGAUGAGGACCGCAUGCUGGAGCGAGAGCGCCGCCUGCGCCGCCAGCGGGAGCUGAAGAUGCAGCAGCAGCAGCAACAACAGCAGCAGCAGCAGAUGCUCUUCGCGUCGCAGUCGGCGUACUUCGUGGACGUGCGCGGGUCCUACCCGGGCGGCCACACCUGCGGCCGCUCGCCCCGCGCUGGGGCCCGCCGUCCGUUCUCCGGGUCGGUGCUGGCCCCCGUGCUGCUCUGUGGCUCCAUCAUGUUGGUGUACGUGGUGGGCGGCGCGCUCGCCCUCUGGCUCAUGCAGGCCUUCCACUUCCUGGACAGCGUCUUCUUCUGCUUCAUGAGCCUGACCACCAUCGGCUUUGGGAACCUGGUGCCCGGCGCGGCCGUGGGCUCGACCAGCGGAGCCGCCGGCGUCACUUCCACACGCAUCGGCCGGCCAAACGCGGACGUCAUCCUGUGGUUCUGCUCCGUGUACAUCUUGAUCGGGAUGGCGCUCACCACCAUGUGCUGCAACGUGGUGUACACCGUCCUGCUGCACGCCAUCCAGCACGCAGGACGGCAGGUCGUCGCCCAGCGCAAGACCAAGCACAUCAAGUGUUAGACCGGGAAAGAGCGAAGGGGAACGGGUCGGCUGUGACAUUUGAUUCCAACCCCCGACCAAUCCGUUUCUGAAGAUAUGUGAAUCCAAGUUUGGGGGAGACAAAGUGCAGUGAGAGGACGUCGCUGCCGGUCGGGGAAACCUUUUGUUCAUCGAUUGGACAACUUUAUGAGUAGUAAUAUGUGAUGGUACACUGUGAGACUGCAGGAGUUUUGCGGAAUCUGAGAGUGAAUGCAAAGAUUCUUACUUGUUAGAUGAUUUUCAUGUAGGGCAAAUUGGUGUAGGCUACUUAUUUAAAACCGAUUUUGGGGCAGGAGAACCCUUUGGUAGAAUGUUUGUUCGUAAAAUUUAACAACAAGUCAUAUGCUUGAAAGAAGAACGUAUACAGGGUGGUCCACAUACCUCUUCCUUCAUUUUGCUUAUACUGUACCGCAUGCAGGCGUGCGGACGGGCUUGCCUACCCUAGCUCGCCGUUGCGCCGCAUGGACCCGUGCGAGUAUGCAACCCGGCCGCACGCCUGCAUCCGGUACAGUAUAAGCAAAAUAAAGGAAGGGGUCUGUGGACCACCGUGUGUCAGGUGACUGAUUGGCCCAACCCACUUACGUACUUCAACUAAGUUCAACUACCGCAUGCACGCUUACAAAGCGGCUCAAG